UUGUCACGUGACGAGACCGGAGAAAAUGUCAGUUCUACUAUAGCUGAUAGUUUAUAAAACGUCAUAUUAUCAAUAAUGAAUUCGUAGGAGAAAGGAAGCUGAAAAAAAGCCGUUAUAUCUUAGUAUUGCCGUCUGCUUCGUUUCUAAAAUAGUCCAGAGAUACGGGAUGUGCGAACUUUUAUAACUAUCCAAAAUAUCGAAACUAUAAACAAUGGCUGUUGGUGUUUUUCCAGCCCUCAAAUUGGGUGUUUUGUUCAUCAAACAAAUUAGCAAACCACUUGCUAAAAUGCUUGUCACCCAAGCUAAAAACCAUGCAGUAUUUCGAACUUACUUCAUCAUACCUCCCGCUCAGUUUUACCAUUGGGCAGAAGUGAAGACAAAGAUGUACAUAAUGAAUCUUGGAAAGCCAACGAAGGUUGCAAAGUUGAACGAACAAAUGGCGAUUGAAUUGGGAGCGAGUUUGAUGGGUGAGGUGAUAAUAUUCAGCGUGGCUGGCGGUUGCUUGAUUCUUGAGUACAAUCGUCAAGUGGCAAAAGAGACGAAAAAGGAGGAAGCAAGACAGGCUCAGAUACAAAAGUUCACAGAUGACAUUGACAGUUUGCACGUGACGGCAAAUCGGCAAGAAGAAGACAUAAGAGUAUUGCAAAGCGCCAUAGACGAAUUGAUCAAACAUUCGAGACACAAAAUCCCCACGUUGGAACAAUUACGGAACGAGGAGUUGAAAAAGAAAAAAAGUAGCGAGGACACGAGAUUAGGUGAAAAAGGAACAAAUUCAGAACCAGACAGCAGUAACGAGAAGGAAGAACAAUCGCUCGUACGGCGAGCGAUCGUUUAUUUCCAAAACGACGUGAAGGGCAAUAACAAACUUAGUUAAUCGCGUUACUUUCCGUUAAUCUGAAUAUAACAGUAGCUAAUGAAUACGUGAAACACGAAGAAUUGACGGAAGAUCUAUAUGAACGAAAAAAUUCAAGAUUCAUAUAUGUAAAAAAAAAACAAUAUGAUGUGAGAAGUGUAGCUUCCAAUCGUACGAAAUUGUGUCAUGAUGCUAUACGUACACUUAGAUCUAGUCAUUUUACUGCUGGCUUUUAGUCGUUUUGACUAAAUCGUGUCAAAAAAAUGUAUUUGUCAGUUUUUUUAACAUCAUCUUCGCCACUAGUUUCACUCCAUCUUACCGUCGUUCAUUCGUCUCACGAAGGACUUGAAAAAUCGCAUAAUAUGUGACCUGUAUAUAACUCAUCUGCUUGAGGCAGCUGUAUUUCACAUCAAGAAUGUUGAUCAUUGCGGUAUUUAAGGGAAAAACAAUACACAACAUUUAGAAAAUAUAUAACAAAUGAUAUACAUAA